AUGGCCUCCACAACCAUCAAUGUUCAAAGUGCCUUAGGUACAUCUCUUUCUUCUACUUCUAACGACUCUUCUACUUGGUCUGAACCACAAAUAUGCCGGGAAUACGAUGUUUUUCUCAACUUUAGAGGCGAAGACACGCGCUAUACUUUCACCGACCAUCUAUAUAACGCCUUGGUUGAUAAAUGCAUUCGCACCUUUAAGGACAAUGAAGAACUUGCUUACGGAAAACCCAUUAAAAGGGAACUCUUGGAUGCAAUCGACAAGCCGAGAAUGGCAGUCAUCAUUUUGUCAAAAGACUAUGCUUCUUCCACCUGGUGCUUGGAAGAACUUGCAAAGAUUGUUGAACGCAUGGAAGAUAGAGGAAUGAGAGUUUUGCCCAUUUUCUACCAUGUUGAUCCCAGGGAUGUCCAGAAUCAGACAGAAACUUUCGCAAGCGCCUUCGAUGAACAUGGAAAUCAUUUCAAGGAUCAGAACAUAGAGAAAGUGAAAAUGUGGAGAGACGCUUUGAAACGAGUGGCCAAUCUAUCCGAACACUAUUUAAAGGAUGGGUCUCAGUCAAAAUUUAUGAAAAGCAUUGUUCAAUUGAUACUUUGUGAAUUGCGUGAGACACACUCAAAUGUUGAUGGGGAUAACCUGCUUGUUGAAACAAAUUAUCUUGCUAAAGAAGAAAUUCAUGGCAUUUUUUAA